AUGGAGAAGGUGAACAUCGAGCCAUGUGUGAAGAUGGACACCCAAACCCUUGAUCUUCUCAAGAUAAGAGAUGAUGUCACAUGGUACAUAAGGAAGCUAGGCUUGAGCAAGCUCUUCAAGCUAGAGUGUAGUGAGUACUCACAACUCACCAAGGAGUUCCUCUCCACAGUAGCUCUUGCCUUUCCCAACCACAAUGGAGACCAACCAGCUGGUGAUGGACUCCUACUCUUCAAGAUAGGCGAUGCCAAUGGGCGCAUCUCCAUCUCAGCUCUAUGCCAACUCUUUGGACUUCCCAAUGAGACAGCACAUGACUUCAAGGAGAACUCAAAGAGGAAACAAGCUGCCUUUGCUGAUUGGACACACUUUGCCAAUGAACCAUUCUUGCCUUCAAGGUCAAAGGUGUCUAGAAUCACUCAUCCAGCCAUUCGCUAUGUGCACCGCCUCAUCUCCACCACUUUCCAAUGCAAACAAGAAGCCAACAAGGUCACAACUGAUGAGUUCUACAUCCUCACCACACCAUUCAUCAAGCAUGAGUACAAGGCCAACCUUGGACUUUUACUUGCCAAGACAUUCAUCAAUGUGAGGAAGCUAGCUAAAGACUUGGAAGGCAACAAGAAGCUUUGUGUUCGUUUUGGGAGGCUUAUCACGGCCAUAGUACUGCAUGUGGGGAUUGACAUUCCCAACUAUGAGCCACUACCCAAGCCAACCCCUUUGGAUCUCCAUGCUCUUCAGCACAUCCACUUCCUAAACCGUUGGACUAAAGACCCAACUCGCCUACGCUCAGGAGUUGUCACUUUCCAGCCCAAUGAGGAAGACUUCUAUGUUCCAUCAAGUGAGAAACCAUCAUUCCCCAUGCUCACCUAUCGCACACUUCAGCAUGCAGUCAAGACUCAACGCCGCAUCCAAGAACGCCAUGUUCUCACUACUGGCAUGGCUGCGCACCAAGCUCUAGACCGUGUUAACAAGCUGGAGAAGAUAGUGGAAUGCCAAUCUCGCUUCAUCUCGCGCCUAGUCCGCGUAGUUCGCCACAUUGCACCGGAGAGACUCUUUCGCCCUUCUUCCACCGCUAGAGAGCCAUAUGAGCCUGACCUUGGUGAGUUCUCACUAGACUCAGAGCUUGGUUCAGAAGGCGAUGACCCCAUAGAUGAGGAAGAGAGUUCUUCUCACUGCCACACAUAG